AUGAAGCAGCAGUCUAUGGCUAUCUCGGCUACGGCGGGCCCUUCACGCGUUCAGCCAUCCACCACACGGCUCAAGACUGGUGGCAAGAAUGCCGGAAUCGGCGGCCUUCCAGGUGGCGUCGUCGGUCCAGAAGCUGCUGGUCUCGAUCCAUCCGGCCCAGAGCACUUUUUCGUCACGCUCGCCGCCUACGCCGAUGCGCUCGACGCUCUCCCGCUCGAUCUCACACGCAGUUUCUCCGACCUGCGCGAACUGGAUGCUGUUCUUGGCUCACACCUCAACAGCCUCACCGCGCGUCUGAAUCAUCUCACUGCACUCAUCGAGGAUCCUGACAUCGACCAGGGUCAGCGUCUGCUCGCGCUCAAAGAGGUGGCCGAGGAAGCGCGAGCCUACAAGAUGGGCGGCGAGGACAAGAUCCGUGUGGCGCUCAACACGGCAGAAACCAUCAUCAGCCACACGGACUACAUCGAUGCGUUGGAUGCCCAGCUCGAUCGCUUUGGCGAGAUCUCGACACUCCUCAACCCCACCAAACAUCUCAAGCUCGAUCAGUACUAUGUGCCAGGCCAGCUCAAGGAUCGCAAGCUCAUCUCUUCUCUCGAAACUUCUACCAGCUCUGCAGGAGGUGCUGCCGAUGCCAACGGCGUCAGUGGCUCCAAGAAGAAAAAGGUGGCUGCGCACGUCGCCGCGGUGAGCGCUGCUGGCGGCAAGAGCCACAAAUCAGCCGACGCGGCUUCGGCGAUGGGAUCCGCCGCAGUUCCCGCCGGAUCCUCAAACAGCAAGAAGCGUAAGGCAAUCUCUGGCGCUGCUAUCGGCGGAUCAUCGUCAGGCGGCAGUGCAAAGGUGGCAAAGACUUCUGGCGCAGGCAAGGGAGACGAGGACGUCAAAUCGGCCGCCAACGGAUCCAGCUCGCACAAGAAGAAGACUGACAGCAGCUCGCACUGUACUGGCGCAAGCGGAUCCAAAGCCAGUCAGUCGAACAGCAAUACGCGUCUUCCACGGGCAGCGCAUGCACACAUUGGAUACAUCGAAGACGACGAGGACGGGCCGAGCGGACGCAAGGAUGCUACGUCAAGACGAGCUGCAGGCGAUAACGACGAAUCCUCCUCACGCAAUCGCAACAGCCGUGCCAUACGCGCCUCUGCUGCAGCUCAACGCAGCGACGACGAGGACGAAGAUGUGGAUGACGGCGAUGUGGAAGAAGAGGAGGAAACGCACACUCGUUCCAACGCCAAAAGUCGUGGUCGUGCUGGUGGGCGUGCAGGAGCGUCGAAUUCGCGCGCUCGUGGUGCCGCAGUUGCCACGGCUGCUUCUCCUCAUACCGGUUCGACAUCUGCAAGCCGCGCUGAUAGUCCGGCAUCCAACACAGGAGGUGGAGGCGACGAUGCAGACGAAGCUCGCUACUGCUUCUGCAACAAUGUGUCGUACGGAGACAUGAUCGGUUGCGACGACGACGAUUGCGAGAGGGAGUGGUUCCAUCUCGGUUGUGUCGGUUUGACCAAGCCACCACAGGGCACUUGGUACUGCGAAGCGUGUCUGGAGCGCAGAGCGGCUAAUGGCCGGGGCAGCAAGGCGAAGAAGGCAAAGAGUGCAGGUGGAAGCAAGAGCAAAGUUCGUCGCUGA